ACGAUAAAGACCUUAAAAUAUGUGAAUCCGUUUACGAGUUAUAGCGUGUUUUCCACGCGAAUUGUUCAAAUAUUUAACAAAUUCAUAGGCAGAUAAUAAACUGAUGUAACAUAACCUAUGAAAAAUAUUAAAUUAAGACCAGGAACCCGUAAAAAAUAGAAUGUACGAGAAAGAUUUAUAAAAACUGCACAAUUUAGAGUCCAUUCUUACUCUGAAUUAAAAAUGACAAAGCAAAAACCUGUAUUAACGCUCAAACAGUUCAUGUUAAGACAAGAAGUCCUAACUCUCUACAGAACAAUAUUCCGCACGAUCCGUCAAGUUCCAGAUGAAAAAAGUCAAUUGGAAUUAAAAGACUGGGCACGAAGGGAAUUCCGAGAAAACGCACACCACACAGAAGAACUAUCUAUCAAAAUGAUGCUUAACUAUGGCAAGAGGUGCUUGAGUGAGCUUCAAACUAGUCUCAGUUUAGCAAAGUCUUAACUUUUAGAGAUUUAGCUAAGAGGUUUAAAGUUAUAACCAUAUUUAAAUCAGAAUAUUAUGAAAUGAAAAAAAAGAAUGUUUUAUUUCAUACAUAAUUGUAUAUAAAUAUGAAUUCUAUCCAUAAAUCAUUUGUACUGUAUAGAUAAUAUUAAAAAGAAUGUACUAAUUUAGCAAUAA